UGGAACCUGAGCUCAUACAUGUCUCGCCACCUCUGUGAUUUGUCACUAAACAUCCACCUCAUUUUCCAGCUUCUUCUCUUGACCACUGUCGCAAUUGGGAUUAUGUGCUGCGCUUCGGACUCAGAAGGAUGCAAGCGCGAGGACCGCGCCUGGAAGCACCUGCGCAAGCACUGGAGGCAUGGGCAUCCUCUGUUGCUGACACCGACUCCCGUGACAGACAGCGAAGCACCUAAAAGCUGCCGGGACUUCAUCCAGGACCAAUGCCGGUCCCCGUCUAAAGACCUCAGUAACCGCUCGCUCUCCCCCUGGCGGUACAGAAUCGACGAGGAUGAAAACAGGAUUCCGCAAAGGAUUGGAGUGGCAGAGUGCCUGUGCAACCACUGCAUCAUAAACGGCAAGGAAGACUCGACCUACAACUCCGUCCCAGUCAUGCAAACCAUGAUGUUCGUCCGGAGGACACCGUGUCCUGCUGAGCCCGGGAACUAUACCUUUAAAACAGAAUUUAAGUCCGUACCGGUGGCAUGUACAUGUGUCACUCCUAUAUCAUAGGAACAUUAACUUUAAACUCUUUAAAAGAGUGGUUAAAAAGAAAAUGUAGUGAUAUGAUUCACAUUUUGUUGUAUUUGUUUUAAAAUACACUCGUCUGGCUAACAGUAGGCCUACUGCAUAUAUUGACUUACCAGUAGUAUAGGCAGAUGAUAAAGCACCUUAAGUAGCGUAGCUACUUGAAUAUUGUAAAGGCUAGUCCUAGAAUAGGACGGCAGCUGUUUUUUUAUAUUUAAAUUAUUUAUUAUGUAAUGUAUAUUUAUUUAUGUUACGAUGUGUGCAUUUUUUACCAUAUUUGUUAUUUAUCAGUUUUUUAUAUAAUAGCCUAUUGGCCUUUUGGUGAAACAAAUGGGAGAGGCUAAAUAACUGGUUCUCAAAAACAUUGAAAUGUUUGUGUUAUGUAACAAAUGUAAAUAAAAAUCUGAAACGAUA